UAUCCGUCGCCAAACUCGAAACAGAAUGGAGGACCCAAUCCAACAGCACAUCCUGGUGGCCACCUACGCGGGCCAAGGCCACAUCAACCCCGCCCUCCGCCUCGCCACCCAACUCGCCCGCACCAUCCCCGGCGCCCGCGUCACCUUCUCCACCACUGUCUACGGCCACCGCCGCAUGUUCCCGUCCGCCGCCUCCGAUGGUGAAGUCUCCGACGGCCGUCUCUCCUACCUUCCCUUCUCCGACGGCUACGACGACGGCUUCAAGGACCUCAUACCCAAGUUCGACCAAUACAUGAUCCAGGCCAAGCUCAACGGCUCCCGCAACCUCUCCAACCUGCUCGGUGACCUCACCGCCCGCGGCCGGCGCGUCACGUGCCUCAUCUACACCAUCCUCUUGCCGUGGGCGGCCGACGUGGCACGCGAACACGGUAUCCGGUCUUUCCUACACUGGAUCCAGCCCGCCGCCGUCUUCGCCAUCUACUACCACUAUUUCCACGGCUACGAAGGCGUCGUCGCUUCCCAUCGUGAGGACCCACUAUUCGAGGUGGAGUUCCCGGGACUGCCCCCGCUCCGCAUGCGGGACCUCCCGUCUUUCUUCGCUAUCUCCGCCGACGAUCCCUUCCACUCGGUGCUCCUCAUGUUGCGUGAGGAAUUUGAGACGUUGGAUCGCGAGAAGACCGAGUCCACCAAGCCGUGGAUUUUGGUCAACACUUUCGACGCAUUGGAGGCUGAUGCCCUCGCAGCCGUUGAUGCGAUGCACCUGCUCCCAGUAGGGCCGCUGCUGCCGUCUCCAGAAGAGACCAUAUCCGAAGGUGAUAUGUUUCAGCUGGAUGGGAAGAGGUACAUGGAGUGGCUGGACUCCAAGCCGGAGAAGUCGGUGGUGUACGUGUCAUUCGGUAGCUUGUCCGUUAUAAGAAAGCAGCAGCUGGAAGAGCUGUCGAACGGAUUAGAGGAGUGCGGGCGGCCGUAUCUCUGGAUGGUGCGGAAGGACAACCGAGGAGAAGGAGUCGAGUUGGAGAAAGGAGAGAACGGGAUGGUGGUGGAGUGGUGUUCUCAGGUGCAGGUGCUAUCCCACCCUUCGAUCGGGUGUUUCGUGACGCACUGCGGGUGGAACUCGACGCUGGAGAGCUUGGCGUGUGGCGUGCCGAUCGUGGGAGCACCGCAGAUGUCGGACCAAGCGAUGAACGCGAGGCUGGCGGAGGACGCGUGGGGUACGGGGGUGAGAGCUGAGGCCAACAACGAGGGGGUGUUGGAGGGGACGGAGUUAAGGAGGUGUUUGGAGGUCGUCAUGGGUGAAGGGGAGAAGGGAGCGGAGAUAAGGAGGAAGGCCAAGAAGUGGCGGGACAGGGUGCGAGAGGCCGUCGCCAGUGGAGGGUCGUCUGAUCGGAAUCUUCGGGCGUUCGUGGAGGAGAUUGGGAAGGGCUCGUGAAUAUUUUUGAUGGAUAAUAAAAACAAUUGUAUGCGACGUACAAGAGAGUCUCGUCUUGUAUCCGAGUAGUUGGCUGGCUAGAUUCCUGCCUCGCUCGACGUCCACCUCACUGGACAUGUCGGAUUUGUCCCAUUGGACUGGUCCCAGUAAUAAAUUGACCAUUGGAUAGCUUGGCUGGACCACUUGCCUUUCCAAGUUGUGGUUUUAAUUUUAGUACAUAUGCAAUCGGCCCCGCACCCCAGAUGUGGGUUCCAGCUUGAGA